AUGGAGUACGAAGAAGGACGACGGGUCGAACAACCGCUAUCACCCGACGUGCCGUUUCCUGGUCUACGUGCCGUUUGCUGCCAUGGAAGGACUGCACUUGUUUCUUAUGAACCUGGGGAAAAUGUGACAAAGGUCAUAACUUGGAAGAGAACAACAUCAUCAAGGUCAUCCGCGUAUCGAAACCCACUCGCCAAUGGGGCAAAAGAUGAUGUCUCUGGUAGUGGUAGUGAAUUUAUUGAGGAGUUCUACAUGAUUUCAGGAAGCCAUUCCUCCACCCUUGACCGACUAUAUGCUUGGGAAAGAAAACUUUAUGAUGAAGUUAAGGCCAGUGAAUGUAUUAGGAAGGAGUACGAUCAAAAGUGUGAUAAGCUGAGACAGCAAUUUGCAAAAGAUCAUAGUGUACAAGUUAUCGACAUGACUAGGGAGGUAGUGAAUGACCUACACUCACGGAUAAGAGUCAGCAAUUCAUUCCGUCGACUCGAUAUCAAAAAGAAUCGAGAAGAUGAGGGACGAAGAACUGCAUCCUCAACUCCUGGAGCUAGUUCAAGGGUUAAUCCGAAUGUGGAAGGCCAUGCUGGAAAUGGCGACACCCGACGAGAAGCCUUGUCCCAGCUAGUGCAAGAGAUCGAAUGUUUCGGGUUAGGGUUUGCAAACUGGGUUAAUAGCCAUACAUCAUAUGUCCAAGCUCUUAACGGGUGGCUGCAGCACUGCAUCAUUCAACAACCACAAGAGCGGUCGAAGAACAGGAAGCCUUUCUCCCCACGUAGAGUUCUGGCCCCACCUAUCUUUGUUCUCUGCCGGGAUUGGUCUGUAGGCAUCAAAUCCUUGCCAUCUGAGGAACUCUGCAAUGCUAUAAAAUCAUUCCUGGCCGACUUGGAUCAGUUAAUGCGUCAUCAACAGACUGCAGAAAAGAAUGAUGGUGAUGAAGCCCACCAAGAAACAGAGACCAAAGUUGACGGUGAGAAGAAUAAUGAGAAUGUAUCUGCAAACUUGAGCGGCAUCCACGCCAGUCUAGCAAAUGUUCUAGAUAAACUAAACAAGUUUUCUGAAGCUUCUCUGAAAAUGUACGAGGAUAUUAGGCAAAAGAGUGAAACUGCGCGAGUUGCAUACUCAACUUGCAGACCGGUUAGAUUCUGA